GGCUGGUAGAUUUCACCUACCACUUUCUUCCAUAUCCCAAACGUGGAAUCGCUGCGACUCCGUUUAUAUAAUACUACUCUCUUCUUCUUCAAACCCGUCUGCACAACACAGAGAACUUUUCCAAUGGCAAUUGCUUUCAAAUCCGGCGUCUGCUUCCUCCAAUCGACAAAACCCCAAAUCGGAUUCCGCCAUUCUUCAUAUUAUCCUGAUUCAUCGCUCUCUCUCAAGAGAUUGACGCCCAUUGCUGCUCUCUCCACCUCUUCUCCCACUCUCGGUCUCGCUGAUACUUUCACGGAGCUCAAAAAACAAGGCAAAGUAGCAUUCAUACCGUACAUCACAGCUGGUGAUCCAGAUCUCUCUACUACUGCAGAAGCAUUGAAAGUUCUUGACGCUUGUGGCUCUGACAUUAUCGAAUUGGGUGUUCCUUACUCUGACCCUUUGGCUGAUGGACCUGUUAUUCAGGCUGCUGCGACUAGGUCUUUGGAGAAGGGAACCAACCUCGAUAACAUCCUUGACAUGUUAGAUAAGGUUGUUCCACAAUUGUCUUGCCCGGUUUCGCUGUUCACUUAUUACAAUCCCAUUCUUAAACGUGGGUUGGGGAAGUUCAUGGCUAGCAUCAGAGAUGUCGGUGUACAAGGACUUGUGGUUCCCGAUGUUCCUCUUGAAGAAACUGAGAUGCUGAGAAAAGAAGCUCUUAACAACAGCAUUGAACUGGUCCUACUCACUACACCAACCACACCAACAGAACGAAUGAAGCGAAUUGUUGAAGCAUCAGAAGGAUUUAUUUACCUUGUGAGCUCAAUCGGUGUGACCGGUGCACGAGCAUCUGUAAGCGGAAAGGUCCAGUCGCUCUUGAAGGAUAUCAAAGAGGCAACAGACAAGCCAGUGGCGGUCGGUUUUGGAAUAUCAAAGCCUGAGCAUGUGAAACAGAUAGCUGGAUGGGGAGCUGAUGGAGUGAUCGUAGGAAGUGCAAUGGUGAAGCUUCUGGGAGAUGCUAAGUCGCCUACGGAAGGGCUUAAGGAGCUUGAAAGUCUCACUAAGUCUCUCACAUCUGCUCUUCUUUGAAAACGACAAAAAAAUAACAAUUGCAUACAGCAUCAUAGAUUGUGUUUUUGUUUUUGCUAAUUAUGAUCGAUGUGUGAUAAAUGAUGUGCAAAACUUUUGAUUCAUUUCAAGUUAUGAUCAAGAUACACAGUCGCUUAAAAAACUUUGAUACAUUGUCAAAGUUAACUCAAUAUGAUUGACUUUAAAUGAA